AAAUGCGGUGUAUUGUGCCAUAUGAAUAGCAAAUAGUUUUGUAAUUUACAAAUUUAAAAAAAGAAACAUUAAAUAAAAGUUAUUUCAUUGCCACUACUGAGAUAUGUUACAGCCAUCGCGACAACAGAUUUUACGUUUGUAUAAACAUUUGAUACGCUACGGCAAUCAACUGCAAUUGACGGAUAAAUCCUAUUUUCUGGGACGUGUGCGAAGAGAAUUUCGUGAGAAUUGCCAAGAAACUGAAGCCCAUAAAAUAGAAUUCUCUUUCAAGAGAGGAGAAACUCUAUUGCGCAACGGUCGCAUACUCUAACCAUGUAUAACUUGUGCUUUAGACUUCUGCGGGCCGGCAUUGCUGUUCA